CUAACAGAAAUAAAUCCAUGUCGUCAGAUCUUGGACGAGGUGGAAAAGAGGAGAGCCAUCUCGCCCGCGCUGGUGCAGCCCUUCAUGAGAGGCAUCAUGGAGGCUCCUUUUCCUGCGCCGGGAAGGACCAUCAGUGUCAAAAACUUCCUCCCUGGCUCUGGGACAGAGGUGAUCGAGCUGUGUCGGCCGUCCGAUUCUCGUCUGGAACAUGUCGACUUUGAGUGUCUCUUCUCCUCGCUGAGUCUGCGCCUGCUCCUGCGAGUGUUUGCCUCCCUGCUUCUCGAGCGCCGGGUUAUCUUUACUGCAGACAAGCUCAGGUUGGCCUCCGUAUCUUUCCGCACCUACUUAGCUCAGUGGGUCUCCACCUGGGCCCCGCAAGCCCUAACUUUGGGAUCUGUAAAUGAAUGAUGUCAUAUUUUUUUAAAAGUGCAUCGCGACCAGCGAUGGGUGCAUAAUAAUAGAGGGUGCCAACAGUACUUUGAAUCAGACAUGAAAACAAAUGUAAUAAUAGCAGAAAUAUCUCAAAUCUAUUGGAGAAGGGACAGCAGGGUGUGGCAUUGCCUCACUUGCCUACUCUGAUUGC